ACCACCGGCCGGCGUUCUUGAAUAUCCGUUUCCUACUUGCUGCACUCACGCGUUUGCUGUCACAGGCCUUGGUGUGAGUAUCGGUGGAUUGACAGAAGCACCGUUCUUAUCAAUCCGUGGUGUGCUGUGCAGACGCUGGAGUAGACACGAUGUUUUGCCACCAAAAUCUGGGAAAGAAGCUAUGGGCACUUUGCUGAGCUAAACUGCGAUAGACGAAAGCGUAUAUAUGACUACCUCUGUCGCUGUUGUCUGAACUGUUAGGCGAACGGACGCUGCCGUGCCCGCGAGCAUGGGAUGCAAGCGCAGUACGCGCGCUCUUCGGAGACAUCCGACUGACUCGGCUAUAUACGUUAUAUGUUCGUAUUUCUUUGUUUUUAUUUCUUGUUUUUUUGUUUUUUUUGUGCAUUCAUUUAGAUAACACGCCGACUGUGGCGCCCUCUCUCCGGGAAUGCCCGUCUGAAAAUCCCCUUCCGGAAAUCCCCACCGACCGGGGCGCGCCCUAUGACCACCUGUCAACUUUGAUGGAUCACCCAUUGUUCUCUAAGGACGCCUGUCAAGGGCUGAUGGGUCACCGAUUGUUCACCUAACGCCACCUGUCAGCUUUGAUAGAUCACCAAUUGUUCACCUAACGCCACCUGUCAACUUUGAUGGAUUACCCAUUGUUCACCUAGGGUCAUCCAUCAAGCGCUGUCACAGCUGUCGCCGACUGUGAUUAAUCACCACUUUCCUGCGUCCACCACGGACUGCGCACGGACACUCAUGAGCCACUAAAGGCUUACGCCUUAAUGCCCUGGUCAGGCGUUGUUGAUGCUAUCGGUUUCGCCGGUUUCUCAGCCCUGGAGAUGGUGAUCAAGGAACUCGAGCAGUUGUUGGAGUUCCUACUCAACUGGCAAUUGCAUUCACAACGGCACGGAGUAUCAGAAAGGGGUAAAUAACACGCCAGGCUUUUGCGGCUUGACUGACUGCGACCCAGAUCAAAACGAGCUGACAAUCGUCACAACUUGUCUAAAGUUGUGGACCGUAGAAAAAAUGAGGACCAACAUGAAGGCAACAAUCAAGGAUGGCAUUCUGUACUCGCCGUACCCGAAGGUUGAUAUUCCAUUGUGCUCCGUCUACACAGCUAUGAAAGAAUUCCUAACAGCGUCACCUGAACAACUUGCACUGGUGGACGAGCAGAUGCGCCUCACCCGCGGCGAGAUCUUUUCUCGCUUGCGGAGAUUCGCAGCGGGCUUCCAAGAGCAAGGUGUAGGAUUGGGCGACCGCGUCUGCGUACAUCUGGAAAACAGUGUCGAGAACAUGGUUGCUCUUUACAGCAUCACCUUCACGGGGGCCUCGGUGCUGCUGUCGAAUCCUGCGCUCAAUGAAAGUGAGCUUCUCUUUCAAGUCGACCAUGCAGACGCAACCCACAUCUUGACGAGUCCCCAGCACGCAGCUAAGGUUACUGCAGUUAAGGAAAAAACGAAAGUUAAGUGUUUGUUUGUAAUCGGCGAGCCUGUACCGGGCUUUGUGCCCGUGUCUGAUUUCAACGAAUUGAACGAAGACGACUUCAACGAAGUGCCCAUUGGGGACCCUAAGCAGACCACUCUCGCUGUGUUCUACUCGUCCGGCACGACGGGCGACGCCAAAGGAAUGGAGAUAUCUCACUACAAUCUUGUGGCCAACCUAUAUAUGACCAAGGUCCUCGUCAGCUACGAACCCGGAGAUGUCCUCCUCGCCUGGUAUCCCAUAACGUAUGCAUCCGGUUUCAUGUUCACACCAGUGGCAGCCUGCGCCGGAGCCACAUGCGUCAUAGUACACCCGGGAUUGACGUUUGACCAAUUCGUCUAUUACGUCACAAAAUACAAUGUUACUACACUAGCGACAGUUCCGACGCGGUUGUACUAUUACCUGGCGGACAUGGUGCGGACAGGGACGAAGCUGCCCUCCGUAAAGAAAAUCAACGUGGGUGGCACCGUUUUGACCCAAGCAUUUGCCAACAAGAUAUUGGAAGUCUUCGAUGGCGUCCGCUGCCUUCGGAACCAUUAUGGUAUGUCUGAAUCCUGCGGUGUCCUGUGCUCACCUCCUAAUGGCGAAAUAUCUUCGGGGAACGUCGGCUUUCCGGCACCAAUGGUCGAGCUCAAGUUCAUCGACAUGGAGACGGGUGAGAAAGUGGGACCGAGGCAAUACGGCGAGCUGUACUUCCGCAUUCCGAGCGUCAUGAAGGGGUACUACAAAAAUCCAGGGCUCAUGAAGGAGUUUAUGGAUGAUGACGGAUGGUGCAAAUCAGGGGACAUAAUGUACUACGAUGAAGACGGUCGCGUCUACUUUGUCGACCGGAUGAAGGAUAUGAUCAAGUGCCUAGACCAGCAAGUGUCAUCUAUGGAGCUAGAAUGCCUGCUGCAGAGCCACACCAGUGUGGCCGACGCCGCCGUAGUUGGAGUAGCGAAGACUAGAUAUGGCGACGCUCCAGCUGCCUUCGUCGUCCUACGAGACCCGACAGCUGCCUCGCCCGAGGUGGCAGCAAUGCUAAAGGAACACGUCGCAUGCAAAACUGAAAAGUUUAAGCAUCUCUACGGUGGAGUUGUGUUUAUGGACCGCUUGCCCAGGAACACCAACGGCAAGGUCAUCAAGCGCCAACUGAAGCUAUUAUAUGAAAAGUCGAAGGUGUACUAAGGCCUUUGAUUGUUAUCAGCUGAUAGAGCAAGAAAAACUAAAGAUAUAAAUUUCAUUUUCAACCUAUA